AAAGGUUACACGAAUCACUCAUCACAAAACACGACACGGUUAUAUAAAGAGCUACAUCUCAAAGUUCGUUUUCGACUUUCAAAAAAACUCUUCCCCCUAACUACUAAGAAAUACUAACGCCAACAAAUUCAUAUAUUGUCAAGACUCUUUGACACUUUUUUUAAACCUCUUAUACUUAAAACGAAACCUUCCAUUUUUAUUUCAAUAAAGAAAGAUGUCUACUGUGGAAAGAGGAGACUCCGCUGGAAGAAGCUCUCGUGGACGAAACGCUGAAAAUACUGCUCCGCCCGCUCCAGAAGAAGGAGGAAAAACAAAAACAAAGCAGCGUAAAGGAGCAAAAGCCAUAACAACACCUCAAAAGGUCACAAAAAGCGUUAAGGCAGGACUUACGUUCCCCGUUGGCCGUAUGAGCCGUCUUCUCAAGAAAGGUAGAUAUGCUGACCGUAUCGGUGCUGGUGCUCCUGUAUAUUUAGCUGCAGUCCUAGAAUAUUUAACUGCCGAAGUACUUGAACUUGCUGGAAAUGCUGCAAGAGAUAACAAGAAACAAAGAAUUAUCCCCAGGCAUCUUCAAUUGGCUAUACGAAAUGACGAAGAACUUAAUAUCUUGUUGAGACAUGUCCAUAUUGCGGAGGGUGGCGUUCUUCCAAAUAUUCACGUCGAACUACUUCCCAAGAAGAAAGGUGAAAAGAAGACUGUCGUAGUUGGCAGUGGACCUGUAAACCCAUCUCCAAAGAAACCUAAAGCCGGUGGAAAAUCCCCUGCUGUUCAAAAAACGGCAUAAUUAUUUUUUUUCUUUUAAUUUACUAUAUUACAUUUUUACGCUAAAGGAUUUUAGGGGGGAUGUAGUACUUCUGUUAACGUUUAUUUAAAAAAAAAAAAAAUAAAGAGAGACAGGAACAUUAUAGUUUGUAAUUUUUUUCUCUAGUGAUCGGUCGGAAGUUUAUUUCUGCACACAAAAUGUAUCAAAGACGUUGGAAAGAACAUAAAUUUUUUAUUUCCCUUUAAUCCCCCAACAUAAUAAUAUUAAACCAUUGUGAUGUAGUAAUUAAUAAAUUUUAAUUAUAAUAAACCUUUCUUGAGAAGUUUUUCAAUUGUUUACUUUUUU